AAAGAAAAGGUGAAUCCAUUAUUACAUUCUAUCAAUAAUGAAUUUACUCGGAAAGCUGGCAAAGAGAUGGAUGAUUUGGAGAAGACGCUUGAAGAAGAGUUAGCAAAGCACUUUUCUCUGCAGUUUGAUAUUCGGCAAUAUGAAAAUCUUCCUGUGGAACUUGAAGAUAACCAGGUUGCACCCUUGAGCAAGCUGGGUCGUGUGAGUAUGCUCAAUCCGCAAGUGGUAUCUGUUAAUUUCACUGAAAAUCCAGCUGCAUUGAAGCCGGCUAAACUAGCAAUUGAAAAAUCUAAUCUUGAAGUGAGCCCGCAACAGGAUGGUCUCUCUCUCUUCAUGCAUAUUCCAAAACUAACUCGGGAGAGGAGGGAACGGCUUGCAGCGUCUGCAAAGAAAACCCUUUUCAAUGACUACAAAACUGCCUUAAAUGAAGUAAUUGACAAAGAUAUGAAAGCUGAAGAUGAAAGAAGGAAAACGCAUGCAGCACUGCUGGCAAUGAAGAGACAACGAGAAGCUAAGGGACUAGAAAGGAUUGAAGCCGCAAGGGCAGUUUUACUCAAAGAAGUUGCCUAA